CGCCCCCGGAGCGCCGCGCCCCCGCCGCCCCUGCCCGGCCCGGCCCGGCCGCCCCGCCGCGCCGCCGCCCCGCGGCCCCGGCCGGAGGAGACAGAUCAGCCAGCCCCUCGAUGGGGAGCGACGGCGGCCUACCUGUGUGUGUCACCUGCCCACCUCUCUGUAGCAAGGAAAGGAGCUUCAGCACUUCUUCAGUAAUGAUGAUGAAACUGGAGUUGCCGGUGCCCCUGCCGGACCUGCAGAAGCCGGGGAGCGCGGAGGCGGAGACGCACGAGGAGACCGUCAGCGAGGGGUCCAUAGACCGCAUCCCCGUGCGCCUGUGGGUGAUGCACGGGGCUGUGAUGUUUGGCAGGGAGUUCUGUUACGCCUUGGAGACGGCGCUGGUCACGCCGAUCCUGCUGCAGAUCGGCCUUCCGGAGCAGUACUACAGCCUCACCUGGUUCCUGAGCCCCGUCCUUGGCCUCAUCUUCACCCCCCUCAUCGGCUCCGCGAGUGACCGGUGCACCCUAAGCUGGGGCCGCCGGCGGCCUUUCAUCCUCGUGCUGUGCGUGGGCGUGCUCUUUGGAGUGGCACUUUUCCUUAACGGCUCUGCCAUCGGUCUGUCCCUCGGCGAUGUCCCCACCCGGCAGCCCAUUGGCAUCGUCCUCACGGUGCUGGGGGUGGUGGUCCUGGACUUCAGCGCUGACGCCACCGAGGGGCCCAUCCGCGCCUACCUGCUGGACGUGGUGGACAGCGAGGAGCAGGACAUGGCCCUCAACAUCCACGCCUUCUCUGCCGGCCUCGGCGGGGCCAUCGGCUACGUGCUGGGGGGGCUGGACUGGACCCAGACCUUCUUGGGCGCCUGGUUCCGGACGCAGAACGAGGUGCUCUUCUUCUUCGCGGCCAUCGUGUUCUCGGUGUCGGUGGCCCUGCACCUGUUCAGCAUCGACGAGGAGCACUACAGCCCCCAGCAGGAGCGCGGCGUGGACGCGGCCGACGCACCGGCCCCCGGCCCCCGCGCCAGCGUCCUGGACGGCGGCACCCUGUUCCCGGACGAGGUGCAGUCGGAGCACGAGCUGGCCCUGGACUUCCUGGACGCGGGUAUCGUGCGGAGCAAGAGCGACUCGGUGCUGCACGUGCCAGACGCCACGCUGGGCCUGGAGCCCGAGCUGCUCUUCCUGCACGACAUCGAGCCCUCCAUCUUCCACGACGCCUCCUACCCCGGCACCCCCUGCAACACCAGCCAGGAGCUCGCCCGGGCCCGGCCGCCCCGCCUGCCCCCGCUGCUCUGCGAGCCUGCCGGCGAGGACGAGACCCUGCUGGAGAACCACCUGAGCACAGCAGGGCUCCCCAACGGAGGGGGCUCCCCGCCCCGCGGCGGCCUGGGCAGCUGCAGCCAGGUGGACGUGAAGCCCUCGGCCACGGCGGGCUCCGGGCGGCGGCGCCGGCAUAUGUUCCGCCGGCAGGCCUCCAGCACCUUCUCCUACUACGGCAAGACCGGGUCCCACCGCUACCGCUACCGGCGCGCCAACGCCGUGGUCCUGAUCAAGCCCUCACGCAGCAUGAGCGACCUGUACGACCUGCAGAAGCGGCAGCGGCAGCGCUGCCGCCGCCGCAACCAGAGCGGGGCCACCACGUCCAGCGGGGACACAGAGAGCGAGGAGGGCGAGGGCGAGACCACCGUGCGGCUGCUCUGGCUGUCCAUGCUGAAGAUGCCCCAGGAGCUGGUGCGGCUCUGCCUCUGCCACCUGCUCACCUGGUUCUCCGUCAUCGCCGAGGCCGUGUUCUACACCGACUUCAUGGGCCAGGUCAUCUUCGAGGGGGACCCCAAGGCUCCAUCCAACUCGACCGCAUGGCAGGCCUACAAUGCAGGCGUGAAGAUGGGCUGCUGGGGCCUGGUCAUCUACGCGGCCACCGGUGCGACUUGCUCAGCCCUGCUACAGAAGUACUUGGACAACUACGACCUGAGCAUCAGGGUCAUCUACGUGCUGGGGACGCUGGGCUUCUCCGUCGGCACAGCCGUGAUGGCCAUGUUCGCCAACGUCUACGUGGCCAUGAUCAUGAUCAGCACCAUGGGCAUUGUCUCCAUGAGCAUCUCCUACUGCCCCUACGCCCUGCUCGGGCAGUACCACGACAUCAAGGAGUACGUUCACCACAGCCCCGGGAACUCCAAGCGUGGCUUUGGCAUAGACUGUGCCAUCCUCUCCUGCCAGGUCUAUAUCUCCCAGAUCCUGGUGGCCUCCGCCCUGGGCAGCGUGGUCGAUGCGGUCGGGACUGUGCGCGUCAUCCCUAUGGUGGCCUCUGUGGGCUCUUUCCUGGGCUUCCUGACGGCCACCUUCCUGGUCAUCUACCCAGAGGGGUCUGAAGAGGCCAAGGAAGAGCAGAAGGGCCUGUCUUCCCAGGCUCUGGGCGAAGGCGGGAGCGGCAACAUCGAGAAGCCCACGGUCCUGAAGCUGUCCCGGAAGGAGGGCCCGCAGGGGCUCGUGGAGACCGAGUCGAUGGUCUGAGCCGCGCCCCGUGCACACACAUUCCAGGGCGGGCAGGGAGGCAGGGAGAGGCGGGGGACACCGCCCCUGCAGGCUGGCUGCUGUGGCCUUAGCGGCAGCGCAAACCAGAGUGGAGGCUUGGUAGUUGUAGGGUAGCUUUGCGCCACUAGGCAAAAAUACCACAUUAAUUACUUUUCCCACAAUUAAAAGGAAUCAUUUGAAAUCUUUUUUUUUUUAAUCGAAAAAGAUCUUUUAAUUUCAACUUUGUCUUUUACUCUGCAGGUAUAUUAUUCUGCAUGUUUUAAAAGUAUAAACCAGAUUUACAACAUAGACCAUAAGUGAUUUAGAAAAAAAUAAGAUUUUUGCAUUUCUAAAGUUAUAAUUGAAAACAAAAAAUAUCUGAUGUAUUUUGCUAUAUCGUAUCUGAAUUCUUCAGAUAGCAGUCAUGUAGUCAGUGACUAAAACAUUUUUAUCAAAUUUUUUUCCCUGUGGAUGCCUACAGGUAUUUGGACGUUCUGUCAGAUCUCAUCACAUUUUGUUGGUGCUGCAGCUAUUGGAGAGUAUUUUUCUCUAUGAUUACUUUAGAAAAAAAAAAACAAACAAUUUUUUUUCUUCUUCUUCUUUUUUUUUUUUCUUCCCGAAACUGUGGUUUUCUUGGAAGAACAGCAUCUAUCUCCUGUUUUCCUCAGAGUCUGCUGCAUUGUGCCCGGGCAGCCCUGUUCGUGGGCGGCGGGCAGCAGUAGUAGUGACACCAAAGCCAGGAGGAGGCAAGGCCCCCGGGUUCUCGUGGGGUGACCAGGGCAAUUCACAAGGGCCAAUUCCAGACACCUCGCCCAGCGGGCUGGGAUGGGCCGCCAGCGCCGGGGUAGCCCUUGAACUAGCAGACCUGCCCCUGCCUGCGGGCCUAUCUGUGUGUUGCUUGCUGCCCGUGCUCAGCCCUCCUACCCGUCGUCCUGUCCGAAGUUCCCUGGAGAGGCUGUGAUUCUCGCGUUGCACUUUGUCUUUAAAUCAUUUGUGGGGGAAAUCAUGAGGGCAGAGCUCCCGGUGUGGCUCUGCCUCUGGUGCCCCACCACCAGGCCCACACGCCGGACACUCUGCACCCUUCUGACCUCUGCGCCUGCUCUCCCCGCUGGCCACUGGAAUCAGAGCCACCUCACAGUGAAGAAGUGGGUCUUGGGAUAGAAAGAAGGUCGGUCCGGUCCACGGGUCAACUCGGCGCGGUGUUUCUGGUUUCAGCGGAGAACCAAACUCGGGCUCCGGGGAAGCACGGUCGUCACAUGCUGCAGCUGUUUGGAAAUGCUUUUCAAACCACACUCUCUUUAUAACUAAGCAGUUUCUGCUUUUCUUCUUUGGAACGGUCAGUCUAGGUUUACUGAUCUCAGGAGAAAGAGGGAGGCCUCCCGCCCAUUACCCGGAUAAAGUGAGAGAGGAUUGUAAUACUUCGCUGCCUCAAGUUGAUGUUUUUUUAAAUAAAGUACUUUAAAAUGCAUGAGAAUCAUGCUGCAAUAUGAUCAUUCUAAAGCAAACAUAUAUUUCAAGAUGAAAUUAAGCAGUUUUUAAAUAAACUACUUGAAUUUUC